AUGAGUUCCUUAAAACAGUUUAUCCGCAAUGUGCGCGCAGCCAAGACCAUCGCCGACGAGCGAGCUGUCAUCCAAAAGGAGAGUGCCGCCAUUCGAGCCAGCUUCCGAGAAGAAUCCCACAACCACACCGUCCGACGUAACAAUGUCGCAAAGCUCCUAUAUCUCUUCACUCUGGGUGAGCGAACGCACUUCGGACAGAUCGAAUGUUUGAAGCUGCUGGCAUCUCCUCGAUUCGCCGACAAACGUUUAGGACACCUGGCCACGAGUUUGCUUCUGGACGAAAACCAAGAAGUGCUGACCUUGGUUACAAACUCCCUGAAGAAUGACCUCGAGCACUCCAAUCAGUAUGUCGUCGGUCUGGCUCUCUGUACAUUGGGGAACAUCGCCUCUCUUGAGAUGUCUCGUGAUCUGUUCUCCGAAGUCGAGGCACUGCUCGCAACCGCCAACCCUUAUAUCCGACGAAAGGCAGCCCUGUGCGCUAUGCGCAUAUGUCGCAAGGUCCCCGAUCUCCAGGAACACUUCCUUGAAAAGGCAACGCAACUCCUGUCCGACCGAAAUCAUGGUGUCCUGCUCUGUGGCUUGACGCUUGUUACUAGUCUUUGCGAAGCAGACGAGGAAGAGGGCGGCGAAGAAGGCAUCGUGGAGAAAUUUAGGUCAUUUGUCCCCGGUCUGGUCAAGACCUUGAAGAGUCUGUCAACUGCUGGAUAUACCCCGGAGCACGAUGUUACUGGCAUCUCGGACCCUUUCCUCCAGGUCAAGAUCUUGCGACUUCUACGUGUUUUGGCCGUGGGCGAUGCGAACAUAAGCGAGCAAAUCAACGAUAUUCUGGCCCAGGUUGCGACAAACACGGAUCCCUCAAAGAAUGUCGGCAACUCGAUUCUUUACGAAGCCGUCUUGACUAUUCUCGAUAUUGAAGCGGAUUCUGGCCUGCGAGUAUUGGGUGUCAACAUUCUUGGAAAGUUCCUUACCAACAGAGACAACAAUGUUCGAUACGUGGCUCUCAACACCCUCAUCAAGGUUGUUGCCAUUGAGCCAAAUGCUGUCCAGAGACACCGAAAUACCAUUCUGGAAUGUCUUCGAGACCCAGAUAUCAGUAUCAGGAGACGUGCUCUGGACCUGAGCUUUACACUUAUUAAUGAAAGCAACGUCCGAGUGCUGAUUAGAGAGCUCCUGGCUUUCCUGGAAGUAGCGGACAAUGAGUUUAAGCCUACCAUGACCAGCCAGAUUGGAAUCGCUGCUGAUAAGUUUGCUCCGAACAAGCGUUGGCAUUUUGAUACAAUGCUUAGGGUGGUGACGUUGGCCGGCAAUUAUGUCAAGGAGCAGAUCCUCUCCUCCUUUGUUCGCUUGAUUGCGACCACACCCGAACUGCAGACCUAUGCCGUGCAGAAGUUAUACAUUAACCUGAAGAAAGAUAUCACACAGGAAAGCCUUGCCCAAGCUGGAGCUUGGUGCAUUGGAGAGUAUGCUGAUGCUCUUUUGAAAGGCGGCCAGUAUGAAGAGGAGGAACUGGUCGCUGAAGUCAAGGAGAGUGAGAUUACCGACCUCUUCUCGCUUAUCUUGAACAGCAGCUAUGCCUCGCAAGUCACUACCGAGUACAUUAUUACCGCUCUCAUGAAGCUCACCACUCGAUGCUCUGACCCUGCGCAAGUGGAACGGGUACGGCGAUUGCUCCAGACUCACCAGACGAGUCUCGAUGUCGAGAUUCAGCAGCGUGCGGUUGAAUAUAGCAAUCUGUUCCAAUUCGACCAAAUCCGCCGCGGUGUUCUCGAAAAGAUGCCACCACCACAGAUCAAGGAGGAAUCUAGAGUGCUGGGUCCAGCGGCAACCAAGAAGUCCAAGGCUGUCAAUAGGAAGUCUAAGAUUCUCAAGCCCACAGAACAUGACCUGCUCAGCCUGAUGGAUGUCCCAGGUGCAAGCACUCCUACCACUGGUGGUCCUGCUCAGAACAACUCGGAUCUGCUUGCUGAUAUCCUGAGCGCCCCCAACACUCCUGCUCCAUUCUCACCUGGACACCAACAACAGUCUCACACAGCAUCUAUUAUGGACCUCUUUGGAUCUGGAGGUCCUGCCUCUCCGGCUCCUACACAAACAUCCUCCAACUUUGACUUGAUGGGUGGCAGCACCGCCACCCCACCUCCUCAGGCCCAAGCUGCUCCCGGCCAUCCUUGCUACAAUGCCAAUGAUCUUAACGUAACGUUCCAAAUCCAACGCAAUGCCGAAGGUGUUAUCCAAGCUCUGGCACGCUUCCAAAAUACCUCAGGAUCGGCUACCCUGUCAAAUGUUGGACUGCAGGCUGCCGUUCCGAAGUCACAGAAGCUUCAACUGCAAAGCAUCACAACGGCGGAUCUCGCUCCAGGAACCGAGGCUACGCAGGCGAUGAGGGUCACUGGGUGCAAAGGGCCCCUUCGCUUGCGCCUCCGCAUCGGCUAUUCUCAUCCCACUGCCGGCCAAGUUAUGGAUCAAGUAAACUGGACUGAGCCUUCAUAA